AUGAUUUGGCAUUCAUUUAUGUUGAAUCCGUAUCUUUAUAAAGACUGGGCCAUAGCGGUCUGUCCCAGUGGGGCUGCUGACUGCGGUCUACACUGGGAGUUACUUGCCCUUUCUCCCGACUUUCUUGUUGAUUUUAACGAGAAAGCUAGUGCUGGAAUUGAAAUCCCCGAGCUUUUGACCGCCGAAAUUCUUAAGCUGGAUACAACGAAUCGCAGUCUUCCUGGUUACCAGACAGCCAAGUACGACCUCGUAGCCGCUGUAGGCCGUCAGGCUGACUUCGCCCUCACGUUAACACGUGUUGGUUGGAUUCACAGCCCCUAUUCAGACUCGAUUUUUCGACGGGCAAUUGCGCGAUACAGCAGUUUCCUUCGUCUGUUCCACGCCGGCCUGGUAUCCGUUGUUCCCACGCUGGAUAUAGACCUAGUCUGGCACACACACCAACUCUCGCCGGUAGAAUAUUUCCAAUUUUCAAAAACUGUCACCAACGGACGUUUUAUCAAGCACAAUGACCAUCUCGAGCAAAAGGCCAUCUCUUCUGGACUUGAGCAAACAAAACAGCUGUAUAAACGUCAUUUUGGGGAGAAUAUGUUCGCUGCAAUAGCUGGUUCUGUGAGGCAGCUCGUCUAA